AUGACGAGUCUCCCCAAUGACCACAUUCCGGAAUCGCGGCUCUAUUUGUCGUCUGAGAGGAAUAUUGACGACGUUUCACCAGACAACAAAUCGUCAGGCAACCGCGAGGAUCAGCUGGAAUCGUUGGAUCUUUCGGACUCCAACAGAUUGUCCCCUUCAUUGUUGAGGAAAAACCGAAGGAACCGAACGGUUUUCACGGAGGUUCAGCUGAUGGGCUUGGAGCGUCGUUUCGAUAUGCAAAAGUAUCUGUCUACUCCCGAUCGCGCCGAGCUCGCGCGCGCCCUGGGCUUGACCCAACUGCAAGUGAAAACUUGGUACCAAAAUCGACGGAUGAAGUGGAAAAAACAGGUGAUGCAGGGCGGUUGUCCGAUUCCUCCGACGAGACCGAAAGGUCGUCCCAAGAAAAACUCGAUUCCUUCGAGGAGUGACCUCGACCUACCCCCGAUGAUCAUCCACGAUCUCUCCCACAUCACGGCCACGUUUUCCCGGUCUGCGGGAGGGACUUGUGACGCUUGA